AGAUCGAUUCCCAUUUGCUCCCUGUGUCCACGGAAGAACACUCCCACAGCAGUUGGUUUUGCCUUUUGGAUGUGGAGACGGGCGCCGGCAGUUACGAAAUUAUGUCAUCAGCAGCACAGGGAUCUUAACUCGCAGCCCGCAACCUGAGUCUCCAUCUACGACCUACAUCUACUGCUUCUCCUUGCUGUGUGUCUCCCCGGGGCUUCGAUUUGAAUGGCCCUCACGGCUCCCAUUUGUUGAGUCUACUGACUGCAUGACAGACUCUGAGAAAAUCAAUCCAUUUUGCCCUGUUUACCUGCCUUGUACGCACCCAUUAGCCUCCGAGUGGUUACCCAGCCAAGCUAGAAAUCCUCAGCUGCAUGUGUCCAUGCGAGCAAGGCUGAGUACUGACCACACCGAUCAGUGUUAACUGCUGUCAUUUUAGCAGUGGGGCCUAAGUUGUCGCCUACCCAGCUUCUUCUUUCUCACUCUCCUUAUCCAUCAUCUGUUGCCGCCGAAUACCUCUGUUCUUCAACUCACUGCCUACAUAUAUUGCAUGACUAUGGAUAGAGCUGGUGAAGGCGGGCCGAUUUUGACCUCGGAAAAUUUUCACAGCAAUGCGCUUGGGCUAUCACGGGCUACCUCACCCGGCGGAGAGCCUGUGGGUAUAAACGGAGAGGGUCAGCGCAAGGCACGAGUGCGGCCUCGAACGUAUCCAUACUUCAAAUAUCUGCCAUACCAGAUCGAAGAUGAGGCCGAAAGAGAACGGAAUUUACGCGAGAUACUGAACUGUCUAUACGUUUCCGUGGAAUCGGGUGAUUUUAGUCCCGGAGCAACCCACUGGACUCGCGAGCUCAGAGGAUGGCUCUCGCUCAAGUUCGACCCGACCCGGCAGGAGAGGAUCAAUCUCGUCAAGCUAUACUACGAACUUGCACUUGCGCCGGGCAUUGAUCCCAAUGUGUCUGAGCGGUUUGCAAGCAUGUUCAUGCUUCUCACGAAGCGCAAGCAUUAUCUCAGACCGGUCAAAGAUCUUGUAUUGGAUUGGAGGCCUCUUUACAAAGAGCUAAAAGCCUUUGUUUUGCCUAGUGAAUCAGGUCUGGUCCAUUCCACCAAUUUGAAGCGAAAUAUCAAAACCCUCACAAAGCUCUCUGCAUUUACGCAAUUGUAUUUUGAUCCAUGUGAACUGCCAGCUAUGCUAGAGGAAUUUCUUCCCCAUUACACCACAUCAUUCUCAGAAGGCGCAUUUGUUGUAGUUGGCCUGAUGAAUUUGUUGCUCCCCACCAGCCCUGCCCCCGAAGAUAGGGAGGACCUUCUGCCACAGCACUACUUGCCAACGUGUUUCCACCUCUGGUCAUUGGUUGGUCGUUCAAAAACCUUUGAUAUGACGUUUGUUGACUACCUCUCUCGGCUAGCUCGGGAUUCUUUGCCCGCUGGCCAUAUACCCUUCUCUGAACAUGGUAUCUUUACCAAAGAGCAGUCGUCGCUCGUUUUUACUGCCAUCCUCAGGCUCUUGGAGAUUCCUGUCGGGCAGUCAACUUCACCGUAUAGUGCGCUUGUGGACAUAUCGUCCGGCCUAGGUAUCAUGCUUGACAGGGACCCACGGAAGCAUCCCGUUGCGCACCAUAUUGCACGAUGGGUCGUGAUGUCCCUUUCGCCGGCAUGUCUCGGUACUCGGGAUUCAGUGCUCUCGCAACUUGAGGGCCUUAUACAGGCUGUAGAGACCUUCUUUCAUCCCUCGAAUCUGGGAAGUUGGACGAAGACUUUGGCCCAGCUGGUGUACUAUCUCGCUGAUUUCUUCGUUAUGCGCUGGAAUCGAGAGCAGAGCGGGGAGCUGGAACUUCCACCAGAGCGCAGACUGACUGAACCCUUGAAACAUCGGUUUGUGCUGUGCCUCCGCGACGUGGUAUUUAUGGGUAUCUAUGCGAAAAGUGGUUCAGCGAUGACCUUCUCGUUGUCCACAUUGCAAAGCCUGGCCUAUUUGGAGCCUCAUCUUAUUCUACCUGGUGCUUUGCAGAGGAUCUACCCAUCUCUACAGGGACUUGUAGAAGUUCACCGGACAACAUCUUCUCUUCGAGCAUUGCAGGCUCUAUCACGGAUUAUUGCCCGAACAAGGGGCUAUCGCUGCCACUUGACAACGCUGCUGGGGCUUGCGCUCCCCGGCAUCGAUGCAAAUGAUCUUGAGAAGUCCCUUUAUACCCUGUCAUUCAUCCAGUCUGUCUGUUAUAACAUCCCCAUGGUUGACUUGACGAAAGGAAGGGAAGAUAUUAAUUGCAACAUGCUCUUGUUGCAGUGGAUUGGGGGCGAGAUGGAGAGGAUGGAAGAAGAAGGAGUAAAUGUCCAGCUACGUUAUGAGACAGAUUUGAGUGACGAGAAUGAAGAACUGAUCCUCCGUUCCUCAACGUGCGGCUUUGGAGAGUUCAUUGGGUCCUUCCUGGGCCGCGUCUUCACUCUACUUGAAAAUCUACCUGACGUGUCUAGGGUACGCAACGGCUCUCCUGAAGAGAAUAUCGUAAACACAUUGCCUGCGACGUUUAUGCCGUUCCUUUCGUGUCUCUCACCCGAGUAUUACGAUAUCGCUUUGUCGAAGAUCGUUGAUUUCGUAUCCAACCACGUGAUCCACCAAGCUCGUGACGCGAUGGCAUUCAUCUGCAACGCUGUUUGCAAAGUGAAUCCAGAAAAGGCUCUGAAGUACUUUGUCCCUGUUCUGAUACAAUCCAUCCGCACAGAGAUUGAUGACAAUGGCGCUGGCUCGACAAGGACCACUGGAACGGACGUCCUCCCCCGCGACCGCGCUUUGGUCUGGAACAUCAGCUUGUUGAGUAUGUGCGUGGUGCACGUCGGAGAUGCAGUUCUAAAGUAUCGAAAAGAGCUUUUCGAUAUCGCUGUCUACAUGCAGCAGAAAUGCAGAGGCAUUCCAACCGUCCACAUCUCGAACUAUAUUCACCAUCUACUCCUCAAUCUCAUAGGAACCUAUACCGUUGAUUAUGCGUUAUAUGAACCUGAUAUCAUUGCUCGAGGAAUCGGGCCCGAGGAUUGGAGCUAUCAGCCGGAUCCGCAAAACUUAACCGUCAAGUGGCAUGUCCCCAAACGAGAAGAACUUCAGUUCGCUGUUGAACUUUUCAAGAACCAGGCCGGGACGGCUCUCGAGCAGCUGACUGCACUGACAAACGGGACAUCCAGCGUCAAACGCGAUGGGAGUGGCAAAGAUUGGUCGGACGAAGUGACCCGGAAUCUAGUGCUGAUAAGGCUCCUCCUUUCUGGCAUUUCCAUGCUUUUCGACCCGAAAAGAGCUUCCAAAACAGAAAAGGCUGUACAAGGCGGAAAACCAAUGGAUGCGGGUGACAUUUCAAUGGAGGAUGCUCAAGAUUUCCCUCCUGACGGUGGCAAAGAGGAUUCAGAUGACGAUAUAGACCUUGAUAGUUCUGAUGAGACCGAGGUCAGGAAGAACUUUACAUAUCCUACCGGUUAUCCCCUGGAGGAGUCGGAUCCCUUAUACAUUACCAUUCACGAGACCAGGGAGCAAGCUGGUCGGGUUUUGCAUGAUGUGCACAGAUUCCUAACAGACAAGCAGGAGGAUGAUGUGACUUGUUUUGCUGCUCUUUAUUCGGCAUACAAGUCAUGGUUUGUUGACGUCAGCAUAGAAAGGUCUGCUCAUGUACUAGACAGAGUUACACGACUGCUUGCUGCAGACAGCCACCCGUACAGGAUGAGUGGCGUUCGCAAGGACUAUCCUCGGCCGUUGCUCGUGCGAAGAGCCACUGUAUAUCACCUGCAACGUUUGAAACAUAAUGCUGCCCCAAGGCCCCGAUCCAGGUUGGAUGAGAUUCUCCUUUUGGACCUUGCAGAAUCCUGUGUCUCUCUGUACACGGAGACCCGCCGCAAUGCUCAAGGCGCCGGCGAGUCGGCACUUAGAGUCAUCUGGGGCUCUCGGCUCCUUGUGAUACCUCCUUUGCUGAAAGCACUGCAGAAGGGAGUUAAGGAGAAUGACUAUGCACGCAUCAAGGGUGCUGUGUAUUCCUUACUAUUAAGCAGCCUCGGAAGAACAGUCGGGCGCCACUGGAAAUAUGCCCCUACCCUGAUCAGAACCUUCCUCGAUGCAAGUGCGGUCGAUAAACCAUCGGUGCAAAAGAUAUGUUCCAGUGCCAUGUUUGAAGUAAUGGACUUUGGUCGCGCUAUGGAACGAAUGGCGAUAUUGAAUCGGGCUGUUGUCGAGGCCAUUGCUCCAAGCAAAGAUGUCAGGGGCGUGAUCAUGGAAAAACGCGAAAAAAUCAACAGGAAACGAGUCGUUAUUGAGAAGAAGAAAGCCGAUCUAGCAGAGGAAUUGGUAAACUUGGCUAGGGUAUCUCACUGGAAAAUUGCCAGUCGAGCGGCGACGAUCGUGAUUACCAUGGGUCUAAGAUUCGACUAUAUCGCGAGUCAAAAUCUCACGGAGCUGGUUACCCUUGGGUCAAUCGAUGAUCACCCAGGCUUACGCACCAUGUAUGCUGAAGCGCUCGUUGCGUUGUUUACGAUGAUUGAUGUCCGAGCUAUCUGCAAGCACGACUAUGAAAACUAUAUUGCGGGUCACCAGCAUUUUGAAGCAAAGAUCAGCGUCACUACCAAGCGGUAUGAGAGGGGCUGGACUGAGGAGUAUCUGUCCAGUUUUGCCAAACCAGAAGCUGAAUACUAUAUUGAUCAUGACUUCCCCGGCUGGCUUGUAUGGGCAGAGUCGAUGCCUGCGUACAAGUCCAAUGUUCGGCGGGAUAUAGAGUAUGACGAAUUAGAGUGGAAUGUACGGGCUUAUAUGGGGAAGCUAUUCACCAGGGACUGGUUCUCGAAGUACUUCAUGUACAUAAAACAGGAACCGCGAGAUCCUUCGGCGGACAAAUUCCGGAUGUCCCAUGCGAUGAUGCUGCUAUACGCUUUUGAAUUGAUGUUCCGGGAUGAACUCACGGCUGCCACUUUCGAGGAUAUUAAGGAAGAGAUUGCGGCUGUGUUUGAGGAUGGUAGUGACAAGCACCAACAUAGGGCAACUGCAGAAAUUCUUGGAGCCAUGUUCAACUCCGCUAUUGAUGCAAGCGUGGAGAAGCGAACCAUGAUUUGGGAAUAUGCCUUCCCCAUCGUGCGAAAGGUUUUUACCGAUGGACUCAACCCUGAAAAUUCCGGCUACUGGACGACAUUUCUUCACAUGGUCAUGCAGUGUCGGGAUCCACGACGAGCGUGGCCCUUGGUCGACUGGCUUGCAAGCUUCCGUCUAGAUAUGGCGACGAACGCUGCCUUCAAAGAAAGCUCCAAGAUCAACAUGCUGCAUCAGUGUAUCAUAGACGCUGGGUGGCAUUUUCAGCUCGAGAAGCCCAUUGUCGAGGACUUCCUUGCCCACCUUGACCAUCCGUAUAAAGGAGUCCGUGAGGCGAUGGGUCAAACGCUGGCGACGAUAUAUCGCACAAGGUAUCACGAAUCAUAUCCUGAUGUGAAAACGCUCCUCACAUCGCAGAGAUCAACCUCGUCUGUUGGCACUUAUCCGUAUUUGCCGAACGAAGAGUUCAGCAAAAUGAUUCGCAGCGUCUUCGGUCAGCUUGAAAAAUGGCGACAUGAGAGACAGCCAGGCCAGAAAACGCCUACGCCAUACACUUCCGGUAGCAAGACAGUUCUCCUCUGGCUUGAUUCCACUCUCUCCUCUCAUGAAUGUACCCAACUCGUCCCGUUUUUCCCAGACGUGUUCACAGCGCAGCUCUUGCACAUGAUGGAUAUCAAAGAAGACCCAGAGCUUCAGUCCCUGGCGUACCAUGUUUUCCGGCAUCUUCCAAAUAUUCCCUAUCCGUCUGAGCAAAAUUCCGAAUUCAUCCAAUCUCUCAUACACAUUGGGAAAACGUCGCCUUCAUGGCACCAGCGGCUACGAGUUAUGAUCAACAUUCAGAUUAUCUAUUUCCGCCGCCUCUUCUUGCUCUCCGCCAGUGAUCGUGAUAAGCUAUUCGACUGCAUAGCGGAUAUGCUUCAAGACCCUCAGAGUGAAGUGAGAGCUGGCGCCUCGACAACCCUCUCUGGCAUGAUUCGCUGUUCGCCAGUUUCGCUCCGAGAAGAAGUCGUCCGGAGAUUGGAACAGCAGUUCACGAAAAUCUUAAAAGAGAAUCCUUUCCCGAGGAGACCCAAAAAUGGCCGCUCAGGUAUAUCAUCUGCAGCAUCGUCGGGAGCCGGCACUCCAACGCCAGAACACAAUCGGCUCAUAAUUCUCCGCCAUGGUGCAGUACUGGGAUUGGGCGCGUUGAUUGAAGCGUUCCCAUAUGCCAGUCCUCCACCUAAGUGGAUGCCAAACGCCUUGGCGACAAUAAGCGUUCGAGCUGCGAAUGAUCCAGGAAUUGUAGGGUCGAGCGCCAAGUCAAUUAUCAGUGAGUUCAAGAAGACCAGGCAGGAUACAUGGCACAUAGAUGCGAAAGCCUUUACACAAGAUCAGCUUGAAGACCUUUCGGGUGUCCUUUGGAAGAGUUAUUUUGCCUAGAAGCUCUACGGUAGCCGGAAGCUCUGUAGUUGCGGUUGGAUAAUGUCUCUUGGGUUAAUCCUACAAUUCCAGUCAAGGAUUGUCAUGGGAAGAAAAAGCGCGGGUAGUUGAAGUAUCUCUCGUGCCACUCAGUGAGGAACAUGGUCUCAGGGUCUGCUUUUGGCGAUGGCCUCUGAGUCUUUUGACUCGUUUGGCUUGUGCCAUUCCAUGCAAUGAAAUAUGGAAACUCCUUUCAUACUAUAGGUUCGUGUAUCAUUAGGUUUUUGAAGGCUGGCAUAGGUGCUGGUUUGGUUGUUGUAGGGGGUUGGUUGGUGCUCCUGGACAGUACAGGGAAAAUUGACAAUCUUUUAGCCUGUAUUAUUGAGCAAAUAAAGAUGCAUUGUAAACUCCUUGCUGCAAUUGAAGAUGAGUGAUUCUGAUUGUUUUUGAUAUCUAUGCUGUCUCCGUCGGAUGCACGUCGAAGCUAUGGUCACGUGUGUAUCACGUGAAGUGGCAAUACCAACUAAUGGAGGUGUAUUGUUG